UCCCAGAGUGCCCCGCGGGGCGUCAGGGCGCAGCUUCCGGCGAGGCGCGGCUUCCGGCUCGGAUCGGAACCUGGAGCCCGGAAUUCGAUCCGGGCGCGAGCGUUCCAAAAGCAGGUUUCAAAAAUGGCAGAAGAUGGCAGUGAAGAGACUAUGUUCAUAUGGUGUGAAGAUUGUAAUCAGUAUCAUGAUUCAGAAUGCCCAGAGCUGGGCCCAGUAGUGACAGUCAAAGACUCCUUUGUUUUAAGUAGAGCAAGAUCAUCUCUUCCUUCCAACUUGGAGAUCAGGCAACUUGAAGAUGGGACUGAAGGCGUUUUUGCAGUAACUCAGCUGGUCAAACGUACCCAGUUUGGCCCCUUUGAAUCCAAGAGAGUUGCAAAACUGGAAAAGGAGUCACCAUUUCCAUUGAAGGUUUUUCAAAAGGAUGGCCCUCCAGUGUAUUUUGACACCUCUAAUGAAGAUGAUUGUAACUGGAUGAUGAUGGUGAGACCAGCCAACCAAUAUGAUCACCAGAACCUAACUGCUUUCCAGCAUGAGAAUGACAUUUACUUCACUACUUCCCGGGACAUCCCACCAGGAACUGAGUUAAGAGUUUGGUAUGCAGCCUUCUACGCCAAAAAAAUGGAAAAACCGGUUCUAAAACAAGUUACUAAUAUUACCAAUGAUGUGUGUUUAGUUGUGAUGGAAUGUGACCAAGAAGGGAUCAACACUGCUUCAAAACCUGGUACCUUUUCUCUCAAGAAAAUCAAGAAUUCUCAGCCCUCUAAAGCAGAUCAUUCAGAUGUGUGUUUAGUUGUGAUGGAAAGUGAUCAAGAGGGAAAUAAAUCUAAUCACACUUUUUCUGUCAAGAAAACCAAGAAUUCUCGGUUUGCUAAACCUGCUCCUUCAGAACAUCUGCUGAAUCACUUGGAACAAGCCAAAGGAACUCCAAAGAGUAAUCAAAAUGAUGCUAUACCAGAGAAGGAUGUGGAGGUUCCUACUGCAGAUGAGCCCAUAAUCUGUGAAAGUGCCAAUACCUCUGCCGCUGAUUUGAAAAAAAAAACACGAAGGGGCAGAAAGCCAAAAGUGACCAAAGCAGAAACUCCUCUUGUGAUUGUGGAUGACAAAGACUCUUCUGUGGAACAGGUAGCUGAAAUCAUAACAGAGAUCCCACCUGAUGAUGUAGCCUUGCCUUCUGCUGCAGAAGAAAGGAUUAUGGAGUUGGUGUUGGGGAAGCUACCCAGUACUACAAAUAGUAUAAAUUCUAUUACAAAGUUUCCUCAUCAUCAGAGCUCUAUGUCUCUCAAGAGAAGCUUAAUUCUCUCGAACAGACAUGGUAUCCGGCGAAAGCUAAUAAAGCAACUUGGAGAACACAAACGGGUAUAUCAGUGUAACAUCUGCAGUAAAAUGUUCCAGAACAGCAGCAACCUCAGCAGGCACAUCCGCUCUCAUGGUGACAAAUUGUUCAAAUGCGAGGAAUGUGCCAAACUUUUUAGUCGAAAAGAGAGUUUGAAGCAGCAUGUUUCAUACAAACACAGCAGGAAUGAGGUUGAUAAUGAAUACAGGUAUAGGUGUCCUACAUGUGAAAAAGCUUUUCGGAUAGAGAGUGCAUUAGAAUUCCACAACUGUCGGACAGAUGACAAGACGUUUCAAUGUGAGAUGUGUUUUAGAUUUUUUUCUACAAACAGCAAUCUCUCAAAACACAAAAAGAAACAUGGAGAAAAGAAAUUUGCCUGUGAGAUCUGUAAUAAGUUGUUUUAUCGGAAGGAUGUCAUGUUGGAUCACCAGAGGCGGCAUUUAGAAGGAGUGAGGCGUGUGAAAAGAGAGGAAUUUGAACACAGUGCAGAGAACAUGGUCAGAUACAAAAAAGAGCCUUCUGGAUGUCCUGUAUGUGGAAAGGUAUUUUCAUGUAGAAGCAAUAUGAACAAGCACCUCUUGACACAUGGAGACAAGAAAUACACCUGUGAAAUUUGUGGCCGUAAAUUCUUCAGAGUAGAUGUCUUGAGAGAUCAUAUACACGUUCAUUUUAAGGACAUAGCUAUCAUGGAUGAUCACCAGAGAGAAGAGUUUAUUGGCAAAAUUGGAAUUUCUUCAGAGGAAAAUGAUGAAAAUUCUGAUGGAAGUGUAGAUUCUGAGCCUCACAAGUAUAGCUGCAAAAGGUGCCAGUUGACAUUUGGCAGAGGAAAAGAAUAUCUGAAACACAUCAUGGAAAUUCACAAGGAGAAAGGUUAUGGCUGUAGUAUCUGCAAUAGACGCUUUGCUUUGAAGGCAACUUACCAUGCACACAUGGUAAUUCAUCGGGAAAACCUGCCUGACCCCAAUGUGCAGAAAUAUAUCCAUCCAUGUGAAAUCUGUGGAAGGAUUUUUAACAGCAUAGGAAAUUUAGAACGGCAUAAACUUAUACAUACAGGUGUGAAAAGUCAUGCCUGUGAACAGUGUGGUAAGUCAUUUGCAAGGAAGGACAUGUUAAAAGAACACAUGAGAGUCCACGAUAAUAUCCGAGAAUAUCUAUGUGCUGAAUGUGGUAAAGGCAUGAAAACAAAGCAUGCACUACGCCACCACAUGAAGCUUCAUAAAGGGAUAAAGGAGUAUGAGUGCAUGGAGUGCCAUCGGAAAUUUGCACAGAAAGUUAACAUGCUUAAGCAUUACAAAAGGCAUACAGGGAUCAAAGACUUCAUGUGUGAGCUCUGUGGGAAGACCUUUAGUGAGAGGAACACAAUGGAGACCCAUAAACUAAUUCACACAGUGGGAAAGCAGUGGACAUGUUCAGUAUGUGAUAAAAAAUACGUCACUGAUUACAUGCUUCAGAAACACAUCCAAUUGACUCAUGAUAAGGUGGAAGCCCAAAGUUGUCAGCUCUGUGGGACAAAAGUUUCUACCAGAGCUUCCAUGAGUCGUCACAUGCGGCGAAAACACCCAGAGGUUCUUUCAGUUAGAAUUGAUGACUUGGACGAACUGUCGGAGACCACUACAGUAGAUGCUUCUUCUAUAGGAAUUGUGCAGCCAGAUCUAGCCCUGGAACAGGGUGAGUUAUCAGAAAGCAAGCAUAUGAAGGCUCAUAAACGAGGCCAUAAACGAAAACAUAAGCCUGAUGAAGAGGAGGAAACCCAAGUGCCUGAAGAUUCUGCCUUCAGUGAAUAUACCGAAAAAGAAGUGGAGUUUACAGGGAAUGUGGGGGAUGAGACCAAUUCAGCAGUGCAAAGCAUUCAGCAGGUGGUGGUGACCCUUGGAGACCCGAAUGUCACAGCCCCUUCUAGCUCUGUUGGUUUGACCAACAUUAGUGUUACUCCUAUCACUACAGCUGCUGGAACCCAGUUUACAAAUCUGCAGCCUGUGGCUGUAGGCCACCUUGCCACUCCUGAACGCCAGUUACAGCUAGACAAUUCCAUUCUCACUGUGACUUUUGACACGGUGACUGGUUCUGCCAUGUUACACGGUAACCGCCAAAAUGAUAUCCAAAUACAGUCACAAUCUGAGGCAACAAACCCUCAGUCAGUAGCCCAUUUUAUAAACUUGACAACUUUGGUGAACUCCAUUGCUCCAUUAGGGAGCCAGAUAUCAGAACAGCAUCCUUUAACCUGGAGGGCAGUGCCUCAGACUGAUGUCCUACAGACUCAGGCCCAGCCAAGUCAACAGCAGACAGGGGAACAGCAGGUUCAGACUGAGCAGCAACAGCAACAGAUGUAUAGCUACUAACUUAUAUUUGACACCAAACUGUGGAGGGGCUUGUAGAAGCCUGUAGGACAUGUAAACAGAAUCAAUUGCUGGAAACCAGAGUUGGUGGAAAAAAUUUACACAGUGAAACUAUGCUGAUAUUGGCCCAGCAGUUUGAAAUACAGAAGAGGUCUUGGGGAUCUUGUAUUCUACAGGAAGCCUAAAGAAACAAAGAUGGAUAGCAACAGUUCAUAACCAUUACUCACUCUUGGGGAGAAAUUGUAAUAAGUUUGACAAAGAAGUGGGGAAAAAUAAAGAGUAAAUGCAACUGAAAUCUUUUAAAAAAUCAUAGUGCAAGAAUGUUUAAGUGUAAAGAUUACACUCCUUUAAAAAUGUGUUAGCCUUUCACUGGGCCGUAAGAACAAAACUGAGCACAAAAACAAGAGUUUUGCUUUGAAUUUCUUAGGUCAGUCCUGUAUCUAAUUGAACAUAAGUGGGUGACGCUAGGGUGGGGAUAGUCUGUGAUGUGAGAUGUACCGCGUUUCAUGAGUUGUUUCCAUUAUAGUGAUGGGUAAUCCACUCUACCAGUAAGACGACUUGGAGUAUCACCUAAAAUAGCCAAGGUGAUAUUAAGACCAAGGAAAUGGUUUUCUGUCUAGUGAAAUUAAAUUUUGAAUCAAGCAUCUUGUGAACCAAACCCCUAAUGUUUUAAUUCAAUUAUUGCAGGACUGCUUAUUGAUUACGAAUCAUGUUUAGCUAAGAAACUUGAAGAGCAGUUCUUCCCACUGAAAGCAAGUUUUGCCAGCUGGCUGUUAAUUCACCAAGUAGUCUUCUUCUAUCAUGUCAUAAAUUUGAGGGUUAGAGGGAGGGUGUCAAGAGUCAUUUUUCCAUAAUACCCUUUGUACUUCACUCUGUGUUAUUGGUGGAUAUUUGCAAAUUAAGGGACAUUUUUAAAAACAAUUACAUGCAUCCUUUCUUUGUUCUCUUUGUAAUAAGUGAUACAUUGAUUCUCUUGGGUGGGGGAGGGAGGAACAUGAAGCACACAGCAUUAUACUGUCUAGGUCUAAGCAUUAGGGUAAUACUGAUUGUAGGUUAUAUUGCCCACAAGGAGGCAGCCUAAACUAAUACUAAUGCAAAAGACUUGAGCAGAAAAGGUAGGAAGCUAUAGAACUGUUGUGUCUUCUGCCCAGGCUGAAAAGGGCAUUUGGUUUCUGCACCCUUACACUUUGUAUCUGCCAUCUCUUGUGUUAAAUGACAUUUCAGUCUGUGUCUUCUAUGAAAUGACUAUGGUUGUACCCUCAGAAAAAUAAAGGAAAGUAGUCCAGCAGUUGACAAAAAA